ACAGGAGAACUCAGAGGAGCUGACAAGAGUCACCAAAGAGUCAAAGGAUUGAACAACUUAAACCUCUCAAACCCUUCUAAGAUGAAGACACUCAGUGUUGCAGUUGCAGUGGCCGUCGUGCUCGCCUUUAUUUGCCUUCCGGAGAGCUCUGCUGUCCCAGUCACUGAGGUGCAGGAGCUGGAGGAGCCAAUGAGCAAUGACAAUCUAGCUGCUGCACACGAAGACAUGUCAGUGGAAUCCUGGAAGAUGCCAUAUAACAACAGACAGAAGCGCGGCAUUAAAUGUCGCUUUUGCUGUGGCUGCUGCACCCCCGGCGUCUGUGGAGUGUGCUGCAGGUUCUGAGGAUUCCUGCUCCAACAAACACUAAAUAUUAAUUUCUUGUGCUUUUUGUUUUAAAGCAGUUUUACCACCUACAGUUGAAUUUAUGGCUGUACACUUUUGAGGAUUCGGUUAUGCUGUAAUUACUGUGUGCUCAGUGAUGUGACCACGUCAUCCACAUGUUAAAUUUCUUCAAAAUACUAAAGUGUAUCAUCACAAUAAACUUAAAUGUUACUAAUA